AUGCUGAUCGGCGACAAGAUUAGCGGCCAUCAAAUCGAUGGCGACAGGGUUAGCGGUCAUAGGACCAGCGACAACGGGACUCAUUGCAACGUGAGCGGUUGCAAUGCGACCGGCGGCAACGCGACCGGUUGCAACGUAACCGUCGACGAUGCGACUAAUUGCGACACGACCGGCAACAAGACCGGCGGUGACGGGAGCGGCUAUGACGGGGCUGGCAGCGAUGGAGCCGGCGGCGAUGGGAGCAGCUACGACGGGGCUGCCAGCGAUGGGGCCGGCGGCGACGGGAGCGACUACGACGGGAGCGGCUACGACGAGACCAGGGGCAACGGUGGAACCGGUGGCGAUAAGACCAGCGGCAGCGGUGGGAUCGGCGGCGAUGGGACCAGCGGCAGCGGUGGGAUCGGCGGUGACGAGAUCAUCAUCAUCAAUAAAAAAAGACCUCUGAAGAUAUCUUCUUCCUCAUCAUCUACUACCAUCUAA